CUCAAUUAAUUCGUGAUUCCAAUGUGGCAAUCUGCAUAACUCGCCUGUGCUGUGCUUAACAGAACCCAGAAGCCUCCGCUCAGUCUGGUUGUGAAUCUUUUAUCGAAGCUUCUGUCCCCCGUCGAUCAGAGUGUCAGCGGCCACACAAUUGGACCAUGGCCCAAUCAGACGAGCAGACGCCACCAUCAUCCACGGCUGCUUCAUCCACCAGCAAAAAGAAGAAGCGCGCGUCAAAAGCCUGCUCGUGCUGUCGGGCCCGCAAGAUUCGCUGCGACGUGCUCAAGACCGGCGUUCCAUGCACCAAGUGCCAGCUGGAUGGCUUCGACUGUCUUGUCCAGGCCCGCAAGAAGCGGCGUGGGAAGAAUGAGCCUGUGAAAGAGGCGCCAUCGUUGGGCGACGAGCUGAGGAUCAACAAUGCGGCCAGACCGCCGACGAUGCCUCGCUCGAUCCCGCAGCAUGCCAUGCUUCAUCAGGUCCCGCACUAUCCCUUCUUUCGCAGCUUUGCCCCUGACGGCCAGUCGUCGCUGCUGGCCGUCUCUCGAGAUGAUGAGGAUGUCUCGGGGGCCAUUAAGCAUUCACGGCUGGAUGAAGAGGACAUACAGUAUCUGAGACGCAAAGGUGCUCUCACCCUGCCUCCGAAGAGAGUCAUGGAUGAGUUUGUGUCCAAUUAUUUCCAGCUCUUUCACCCCUUCUUCCCCAUCAUCGACAAAUCGAGCUUUCUGGAAGGUUAUUAUAGAAACGACCGUAGCGCCGCGCUUCGUUCUCACGGCACCAGCUUGUUACUUCUCCAGGCCAUCAUAUUCACGGCCAGUGCGACGGUGCCUGCAAGCACGUUGAGAGAUGCUGGAUUCACGACGCGGAAAGACGCGAGAAAUCAACUACAUAGAAGAGCGCGCUACUUGUAUGAAUUUGAUUUUGAAUCAGAUGACAUCACAAACAUCCAGGCUCUCCUGCUGAUGAGCCACUAUUAUCCGUCCAUGGUUGAACAGAAGCAUACUUGGUUUUGGGUACAUCAAGCGAUUAGCCUCUCGCAAGGGCUAGGUUUACAUCGAAGUGCUGGCCAAGAGCCGCAACACAGCCUUUGGGCCAGAAUAUGGUGGGCAUGCCUGGUCAGAGACCGACUCACCACGCUGGGCACGGGGCGUCCUAUGCACAUCAACAGCCUCGACUGCACAGUUCCUAUGCUCACGCUUGACGAUCUUAAAGAGGAUGGCGAUAGCGAAGAUGAUCGAACGGUAAAGGAAUUCUUUAUUGACUUUGUGAAGCUCUGCCAGUACAUGGAGGGAGUGCUAUCACUUCCCCAUAACAUGGCGACAGCGGCUGGAUCACUACCCGAACAGAUAAGCCUCUGUGAAGAAACUCUCCAACAUUGGCGUCUCAACUUGGUACCAAGUGCGAGGUUGCGCCAGGAAAAUAGCAGAGAUUUUGACAAGCGAGGUAUCUGCACUCUAUACAGGACUAUUUUGCAUCUGAUUUACAAUAUUGUCAUCAUCGCUCUUCACAAGUCACACCAAGUUCUGGACGAGAGUCGCCCCAGUGGCGCACAACUACCCUUACCAAAGGUUCAGGCAGCUGCUGAGGAUUCAACAAGACUUGCUGUCGAGCUCGUCAGAUUAGAUCUAGUUAAAUAUUGCCCUACAAUAUGCGUGACGGCUAUUUUACCGCCGCUCAUUGUUCAUCUCCUUAUGAUGCGAUCCUCCCCAGAUCAAUCAAGCAGACAACCUUAUAUCGAUCGAUUCAACAAAUGCAUGGUACUGCUAGAACAGCUCGGCGAUAUUUAUUGGCACGCAAGUUUCUACCACGACUUUUUUACGCUUGCAGCUUCACAUUCGCAAGGCCCAACAACGUACGCCAGCGGAAUCGAGCAAGAUCCACUUGUCGCAUUCUUCAAUGACCAUAUGCCAGCAAAACAACCUGCGGGCAAAGGGGCAGAGCUCUCUAGCCAAACGCCAAGUUGGAGGCGCCCACCCACAGCGAAUAAUGCUGAUAGCAAUCCCAUCAAACCUACAGUGGCACAAAAUCAAGAUCAUGGCGCCGCCGACCAUUCGUCAAUGCCUGUUACUACUGCUGAUAUUCAAAUUGGAUUUUUGGCAGAGGCACCGACGGUACAAACUUCUCCUCCAGCGUAUGAGGCUGAUCCCGGAGACUUGGAGCUUGCAGAAGCUGCGAUUUCUGAUGCCGCUAAUCUGCAACUGUUCGAAGACUGGCUGGACGAGUUUGGUUAUUUUCAGAACAUCUUUCAGUCCGCUUGAGCGACAUCUUUCUGUUCAAAUACCCCGCCUAU